GACGGUGCCGAGGCGCACCAACAUCCGCAACCCAGCUGUGUGUCGUGAGCCGCCCGCUCCCUGAAUCCUCCGUGCUCCGGUGGCACCUCACCGCCCGCUGAGCUCCCCAGGCUUCCUGCGACACGAAAGUGACUGCUGAUUGUAAUUUCCCUGCCACGCCAGAGAAACACUCCGCCUGUGAUCAGAAGAGGAGAACUGGAGGGACCUGGGCAGCUUUCCAAAUCGCAGAUUCAGGCUAUGAUCAUGCCAGAAGAACAGCGACCCAAGCAUUAACGGGGCAUAACAUACCCUAAGUGCUUUAAAGGGUCAUGUAGGUCCCUCUGACUCCCUGCAUGUGACAUCAUCACACCUUGCAUUGGCUGGUUUGAUUGUCUGGGUGUAGACUGACGGACCAAUGGAGCAGGCCGCGCAGGAUCUGAAUCUCUCCUUUCUGCUGGAACACGAGAGAGAAAUGAUCCUGAAGGUGCUCCAGAAAGAUGAGAAACUGAGGAAACGAGAGGAAAAGAGGAUACGGAAGCUGAAGAAUGAGUUGCUGGAGAUCAAACGGAAAGGUUCCCGUCGGCCCCAGGAGGUCGGGGAACGCCAGUGUGCUCGCUGCCUGAAGACCUUGGGCCUGAUCUUCGACCGUGGAGAUUUCUGUGAGGAGUGUCAGCAGCGUGUCUGCAACGAGUGCCGCGUGACGCCCCCCAAAGGACGCCAGUGGAAGUGUAACGUCUGCGCCAAGAUCUCGGAGCUGAAGGUGGUGACAGGCGAGUGGUUCCUGGAGGAGCGGUCCAAGCGCUUUGAGCAGGGCACGGUGCUCAGCAGCGAUGUGGUCAAACAGACGAUCAUGAGCAGUCCCACUGCUUCAGACAAGAAGUCUCCAGAGAGCGUGCAAACCCAAGAUAAACGAACCACCACUGAAUCGGAGAGGUCGGACACACCCAAAUCAGGCAAAAGUGCAAUACAGAGCCUCGUGGAUGGGGCCAGGAGGAAAGGGCUGAAGAUGGAUAAAAGGGGCAGCCGGCCCAGCUUGAAACCAGAAAAUGGAGUUGACAGCGGUAGUGUUCAUUGUGUCCCUGAUGGAGACACUCACAGCGUACGAAGUGUCCGAUCUGCUCCUGUUCCACACUCACAAAGGGGCAGCACUGUGGCCUUGGAGUCCUCAGGGAUGCCCACAGUGCCCAACAACCUGCGAACCCCAACUCCGGACAGAUCGUCCACACCCAGCCGGAGGGUCAGGCCGGACGGAGCAGAGAGCGUUGUCAGCUUUCACUCCAGUGACAGUGUGUCCGGGAAGUCGGCUGCUGGGCAUCGCAGGACAGAAUCUGGCACCCCCACCAUUUCUGUGUCCCGGGCCUCGGUCUCCUCAGACCACAGUCGCUCAGAGAUGGACCUGUCAGCUCCCGGCUCUGAACCGAGCGAUGACGCCUUCAGCCUCAGAAGCCGCUCGGUCCCCGGGCUCAACGAAACAGAGUUUUCUGACGAGGAAGGGGAGGAAGACAUCGACGCUCUGAUGUCGGCCCACAGUAAAACAGCCAGCCGACGCCUCAGCAAUGCAGUGUCCACGUCCUCAACUCCUGGCUCAGAGCGGAGGUGGGGCUACCUCAAUGUCCCUGACUCGGAUGCCGAGACUAGCAGUAUAAACAGCAUGAUGAGCAUCUACAGUGAGACCGGUGACUAUGGCAACGCCAGGGUGAGCGGCGAGAUACUGUUGAACAUCAGCUACAGCUACAAAACUGGUGCACUCAACGUCCUGGUGAAGGAGUGCCACAACCUGGCCACGGGGGAUGAGAGGAAGCAACGCACGGAUGCUUAUGUCAAGACUUACCUGCUGCCAGACAAAUCCCGCCAGAGCAAAAGAAAGACGAGCAUCAAGGCCAACACCAUUAACCCUGUCUUCAAUGAGAAUCUGAGGUACGUGAUCAGCCACUCGCAGCUGGAGACACGAACCCUGCAGGUGUCUGUGUGGCAUCACGAUAGAUUUGGGCACAACAGCUUCCUGGGCGAGGUGGAGCUGACCUUUGACUCCUGGGAGUUUGAUUCCCAGAUCGAGGAGUGGUACUCUCUCCAGCCCAAGGCGGAGAGCAAUAUGGACUCCACAAUGCAGUAUAAAGGAGAACUGACUAUCGUGUUGAAGUACAUUCCUGCAGAGAAAAACCUCAUGCUGCCUCUGGACCAAGUGCAAGUAAAGAAAGGAUUCCUGAAAGGAAAGAAAACCAGCAGCUUCACACUGCCUAAAGGGGGCAUGGUUGAGCUGCUGGUCAAAGAGGCCAGGAAUUUGACUGCUGUCAAGUCUGGAGGCACUUCGGAUCCUUUUGUAAAAGGGUACCUGCUCCCUGAUAAUAAUAAGUCCACAAAGCACAAGACGGCGGUGGAGCGACGCACGGUGAACCCCAAGUGGAACCACACCUUCACCUACUGCGGCCUGCAGCCUGGAGACCUGAACAACGUCUGUCUGGAGCUCACCGUCUGGGACAAGGAAGCCCUGGCCAGCAAUGUGUUUUUGGGAGGAGUCCGACUGGGAGCUGGCACAGGAAACAGCUAUGGGAACGAGGUGGACUGGAUGGACUCAUUUGGGGAGGAACAGCGGGUAUGGCAACGCAUGAUUGAGCACCCAGAAGUUCCUCAGGAGUGCACGGUGAUGCUCAGAUCCAGCAUGCACAAGCACAGCACAUGAGGCGAACUGAGGCGGAAAUGGAGAGUAAAAAGAGAGCGGCGAGGAGAAAGCGUCGGUGGAGAGGUGAAUCAGGCGAUGACGGCUGGGGAGCGAGAGGAAGUGGAACAACAGAGGAUCCAAGAACAAACCCGGACGGAGAAACCUGAGAGAGGAAACGGCAGCUGCCAGAGUUUGAUGCGCUGUUCUGCAAUACAGAGCUGAUGCCAUUCCAGUCCCUCCUCCCUAUCCCGUUCAGAUCCCUCCGCCCGUCCAGAACAGCCAGUCAUGCCUUACACGCUCGUCCUCAUGCUUCCCCCUUCCCCCAAAAGCAUCAAAUCAUGACCAAGCACUGCUACUUACUACUGUAUAUUAGAUACAUGUACUGUAUGUAACUUCCUGUACUGACUAAGCACAUGGUGUGACCCCUGAUUUGUCUGUCCACGUCUCUGUGGUUCCUGUUCCUGUACAACAGUCAUUUCUGCUUGUGGUAGCAGCUGACAGAGACCAUUUACAAGGCAUUAGGCGAGGCGCUGAUCAAUGCAUGCACAGACUAAUACAUUCCCUUAACAGGUAACCAAACAUACAUACCUACGUUCCUGAAGCACACAAUGAAGCACAUGUUGACAAUUAUCCCUUCACCCACUUGGGAGAAAAAUCACAAGGUCAACAGUGAAUACUGAAAAUAGCUAUGAUUUAAAGGAACAGUGCAUCCAAACUAUUAAAAAAAAUGUAUUUUUAAUGAUUUUUCUUCUUGCCUCUUGUGCAGUCUAGCAUUCAGACAGUUUUUUUGGGGGGUUUUUUGUUUGUUUGUUUGUUUGUUUUUUAGAUUUG